AUGAGCGCAUUCCGGUCCAAGUUUCUGUACCCUGCUAAAGUCAACUGGUUUCCAGGUCACAUGGCGCUUGCUAGGCGUCAAAUGGUGGCUCAAAUGGACGCAGUCGACGUGCUGAUUGAGGUGCGCGACGCUCGCAUCCCCUGGAGUUCGGCCAACCCCGUCCUAGAAGAAGCUUUUGGUCAGUCUAAGCCUCGUCUGGUCGUGUUCAACAAGAGCGACCUGGCAAACUCGAAUAUGCAGCAGCGAGUGGAGAGGCAGUGCAGGUACGAGCUAGGAUUGGGCACUGACUGUCUCUUCACGUCCGUGGCCAAGGGCAAACGGCUUCAGGCCAUUUUGCAAUGGUGCAAUAAGCACAGCCAGGCCCAGUUCAAGAGCACAGCGGGAUCGAUGGUCAUGGUGGUCGGCAUUCCUAACGUGGGCAAAUCCUCGCUCAUCAAUGAGUUCCGACGUCUUUCGAACUCCCACAAACUGGCAAAAGGUCGGAAGCGAGCCAAUGUUGGACCAACGCCUGGUGUUACUGUCCGCAACGACAUCAUAAAGGUGAAUGACAAGCCAGCGGUGUUUGUAGUGGACACGCCUGGUGUGAUGUUGCCGAAUAUUUCAUCGGCCGAGACUGGAAUGAGGCUGGCGCUCACGGGAGCGAUCAAAGACGAAGUUGUCGGCACCGAGUUGAUUGCAGACUAUAUGCUCUACCAGCUGAAUCAGAUGCGGUCGACGCGAUAUGUAGACGCACUAAAGCUUCCAGGCCCGAUGGACGACGUCGGCGAGCUGUUCAAGUUGGUUUAUAAGCGUUGCGGCGCGUUGGGAAAGGAACCCGACGAACAAGAUCGUUUAGCCGCACAAUUCUUGCUGCACGAAUUUCGCCGAGGAGCAUUUGGCAACUUUACCCUGGACGCCAUUGAGUCGCGACCUGAAGUUGUCAAAAGCGCAGCAUUAUCGUUAUGA